CUAAUACAUCCAUUAACACCGCCAAAAAUAAGGAAACUUCGCCUUACGUACGUACGUACAUUCAUUUCUUGCGACAGUUUUUGCUUUUUCCCACCUUCCAAAACCCUCAAAAACUUCAGUUAUACGAGAAAAAAGGACCAUAUUAUUGAUCACUUCUUCAAUUCUUUUUGAUCGAAAGAACCCCAUUUGCAGAAGUGAGAACAGUGGUUUGUAAACUUGAGCCAAGAUGAACGACUUGUUCUCGAGCUCGUUCAAAAAAUAUACUGACCUGAAGCAGCAGGCUUACCUGGACGACAUGGAAUCCGGCAAAGAGAGUAUCAACCUCGACAGGUUCUUUGAAGAUGUCGAGAAUGUCAAGGAAGACAUGAGCCAAGUUGAGAGGCAGUACAGAAAGUUACAAGACGCAAAUGAAGAGUGCAAGAUCGUCCACAAUGCUAAAACCAUGAAAGAAUUACGAGCCCGGAUGGACUCAGACGUUGAGCAGGUCCUCAAGCGCGUCAAAGUUAUCAAGGGGAAACUCGAAGGCUUAGAACGUUCCAACGUAGCCCACAGAAAACUGCCAGGAUGCGGUCCAGGUUCUUCUGCAGAUCGAACCAGGACCUCGGUUGUUAACGGGUUGGGGAAGAAGCUCAAGAACAUGAUGGAUGAUUUUCAGGGACUGAGAAACAGAAUGACACUCGAAUAUAAGGAAACUGUGGAACGCAGGUAUUUCACCAUCACAGGAGAGAAAGCAACCGAAGAAACUAUUGAGAAUAUGAUAUCAAGUGGGGAAAGCGAAAGUUUUCUGCAAAAGGCAAUUCAGGAACAGGGGAGAGGUCGGAUCUUGGAUACCAUAUCAGAGAUUCAAGAAAGACAUGAUGCUGUAAAGGAGAUAGAGAAGAAUUUGAUGGAGCUCCAUCAGGUAUUCUUGGACAUGGCUGCUCUGGUGGAGUCUCAGGGUCACCAGCUCAACGACAUAGAGAGUCACGUUGCGCAUGCUAAUUCGUUUGUGAGACGAGGCACCGAUAAUCUUCAGGAGGCCAGGGAGUAUCAGAAAAGCUCCCGGAAGUGGACAUGCAUCGCCAUUGCCCUUGUUGCUAUUGUCAUAGUCGUCCUCCUAUUUCCAAUUUUAACACAAUAUUUUUUGCAUCAAUAGUGAUAGGAAGAAAAAGAAAGAAACAAUUUUUUUUUUCUUUUUGUCAAUCGAUCUGAGAAAGCAUGUACUGCGUAGUCUACAACAUUCAGGUAUGUCACAAAGGAAUUUCUUAUCCAGAUCGAGCUAGUACUGCGUAGUGAUCUACAUGAAACUCGUCUGCAGCCCCUCUUUCCUAAGAGCUAUUUUGCAUUUGUUUACAUCGAGGUGCCAUGGCAAAGGGAAAUGAGGAUGCGUCGACAUAUUUAACACUAGGAAGACAUUAAUGUAAUGGCAAUUUGAUACGUUUCUUGAAAUGCAAUUUGCAUUCAUGUACUAGUUUUCCAUCUCCUUUUUUCUCAUUUUUUUAGUCGCAGAUUGAAAUGAUACCGAAGUGAAUUUUAACAUGCAUUAUAUUAUUCUAUA